AUGAGUUUCGACGUGAAGAAACUGAAAGUAAAUGAGUUGAAGAGUGAGCUGCAACGCCGAGGCCUGGACCCCCGAGGCCUGAAGGCGGACCUGGUGGAGCGGCUCAGGGUGGCGAUGGAGGAAGAAGCCCUGGCCGAGUCGCCCGGCGGAGGGGGCAAUGAACAGCAAGCUGACGAUGUGGUGGGGGACUACGACGACGACGACGACGGGGGAGUGUGCGAGGAUGGGGACGAAGAGCAAGGAAUGGCCUUUGGCGAAGGCGAUGGAAUGCUUGAGGAAGACGAAGGCAGAGAUUCGGGCGGCUACUACGAGGACGAAGAGGCCGAGCCCCCGGUUGACUGCGAUGCGUAUGAGACUCAGGCGACGCCAGAAUUAACUCACGGCGUGCCGGACUUCGGUGCUGACAACCCCGGAGCUGACGACCUCAACGAAGGGGUUAUCAAACUUGAAGACGAAGAAGAUGAAAAUGCAGACGUCAAGGACGAAGACAAAGAUGACGUCAAAAUGAACGUCGCCACCCAGGCCGGAGGCGACGCAGGGCGGGAUGCCCAUAAAGCGGAGCCCAAAAACGAGCAAGAUGGCGGCAGCGGGGGCGACCAAGUGAAGCCAGAGUCCGAAAAAGGCGGACACUACAGCCGAAAGCGACCACAUGAGGAGAACAGGGGCUAUAACUACUACGAGCACCGUGAGGAGAAGAGGUCUCGCACACCACAGCCACCUGCAGAAGACGAAGAAGAAGACAUCGAUGAUGCUCUUGUGACUAUUGAUACAUACAACUGUGAUCUGCACUUCAAAGUUUCCCGGGAUCGCUACAGCGGCUACCCGUUGACCAUUGAGGGAUUCGCCUACCUGUGGGCGGGAGCACGAGCCACCCACGGGGUCAAAUGUGGACGCGUGUGCUAUGAGAUGAAGAUCAAUGAGGAAAUUCCAGUAAAGCACCUUCCCAGUUCUGAACCGAAUCCUCAUGUGGUCCGAAUUGGAUGGUCCAUCAACCACUCCAGUACUCAGCUUGGAGAGGAGCCCCUUUCCUUCGGAUACGGAGGAACUGGAAAGAAGUCGUCCAACUGCAAAUUUGCCGAUUACGGAGAGCAAUUUGGGGAAAAUGAUGUCAUCGGUUGUUACAUUGACUUUGAACAAGGCGAAGAGGUGGAAAUGGGAUACUCCAAGAACGGAGUGGCACUGGGCGUAGCGUUCAAGACCACCAAGGAGGAGUUGGCAGGGCGGGCACUUUUCCCUCACGUGCUAGUGAAGAACUGUGCCGUUGAGUUCAACUUCGGACAGAAGAAGCCCUAUUUCCCGCCGCCCGAUGGGUACACCUACAUCCACAGCGUGGCCUUGGAGAACAAGGUCAGGGGCACCAAGGGACCCGCCAGCAAAGGCGAGUGUGAGAUUCUGAUGAUGGUGGGCCUGCCCGCCUGCGGAAAGACUACGUGGGCUGUCAAGCAUGCCGAGAACAACCCUGAGAAGAAGUUCAACAUCCUGGGCACCAAUGCCAUCAUGGACAAGAUGAAGAUGAUGGGGCUGCGUCGCCAGAGGAACUAUGCGGGCCGCUGGGACGUCCUGAUUCAACAGGCCACGCAGUGUCUGAACCGCCUGAUCGAGAUUGCCGCACGAAAGAGACGCAACUACAUCCUGGACCAGACAAAUGUAUAUGGAUCAGCAAGGAGACGAAAAAUGCGUCCUUUUGAGGGUUUUCAACGCAAGGCUAUUGUAAUUUGUCCCACGGACGAGGAUUUAAAAGAGCGAACAUUAAAGCAAACCAAUGAGCAGGGGAAGGAUGUGCCCGAUCAUGCUGUGUUAGAAAUGAAAGCCAACUUCACCCUGCCGGAGCAGUGCGACUUCCUGGAAGCGGUCAGCUACGCCGAGCUCCAGUGCGAAGAAGCAGAGAAGCUGCUGAAGCAGUACAACGAUGAGGGCCGCAAGGCGGGACCGCCACCCGACAAGCGUUUUGACAACCGGCAGGGCGGCUACCGGGGUCGUGGCAACUACUCUCGCUAUGACAACCGCGAUGCACCCCGCGGCGGUGGCGGUGGCUACCAGAACCGAAGUGGAGACGGGGGAGGAUACAGGGGCUACAACCGCGGUGGCUACGGUCAGAACCGCUGGGGGGGCAACAAUGGCGGUGGCUACCGCGAUGGCGGCUCCGACAACCGUUCCGGGUACCGCAAUCAGUCAUCGGGAGGCGGCUAUAACCGGCCGUCUCCUUAUAACAAGGGCGGCUACAACCAGGGCUAUGGCUACAACCAGGGUGGCUACAACCAGGGCGGAUACAACCAGAACUACUACGGGAGCUACAGUCAGUACCCUGGCUAUGGGCAGAGCUACGGCCAGCCGCCGGCCACCGCCCAGUCGUAUGGCCACCACCAGCCACCCCCUCAGCAGGCACCGGUGCAGCAACAUCAGGCCCUGCCUCAGCAGCAGCAACAGCAGCAGAGCUACAACCAGCAGUAUCAGCAGUAUGCUCAGCAGUGGCAGCAGUACUACCAGAACCAGAACCAGUGGAACCAGUAUUACAGCCAGUACGGCGGCUACCCUGGACAAGGCAGUCAAGGCUCAUCUUCAGGCUCACAGUAG